AUGCAUAAAGUGAUCAAGCAGGUUUUGCAAAAGUUCAUGCUUGUAUGCAUAUUGGGAGCUUUCGUGCAUGCACAAUAUGCUAUAGACUCAGAAACUGCAGAGGAAGUGCAGAUGAAGGGAGAGGAAAGCACUUGCGCAAAGAAAGAAGUUACCCCAGAAGAGACACAGUUCUACAAGAAAAUAAGGGUAAUAACAGACGAAAUAGACGUCAGAAUAGAGGAGAUGAAGGCCACGGACAGCAAGGACCCUGAAAAAGCGAACCUAAUCAGGAAAUUUGUAGAGUUCCUUGAUCAGAACAAUAUGCAGAUCUUGCAUGAUACAUAUCUAAGCCAAGUGUUCCGCUACAGUGGAGAUUUAUAUGAUCUGCUGGAUGUUCCAAGCAUAGCGGAGAGCAUAUCAGAUAAGCUGAAUUCAAGUAUCAUUAUUAAAAGAGCUGUAAAUAUAAGCAUCUAUGACAUGCACGAGAAGGACAUGUGUUUUGAGCUGACACAUCCAAACAUUGUGCAGACGUACUUUUCGUACGAGUCGCAGCCAGAGUCUUACAAAAAAGACAACUGUUCAAUUAUUUGGUUAUUCCAGGAGAAUCUGGAGUUUUCGCUUACCUCUUAUAAAAAUCUAGACACAGUCGAUCGUCAAGUGAUUCGAACUCUGCACAGAACCAUUAUUAAAGAUGUGGCAGAAGGGCUUGCCUUUAUGCACAGCAAGAGGAUUGUUCAUCUUGACUUGAAGACUAUGAAUAUUAUAGGCACGUACUCAAAGAAAAACAAGAGGAUAAUAUUUAAGAUAAUAGACCUAGGGUUUGCGCGGAAGUUAGAAGAAGGCGUUGAGUCUGUGCACUUGCAGGACAGAGCAUUUGGGACAUACGGCUAUAUGCCUCCCGAGAUAUAUUACAGAUCUGUGCAUGGAUACGCUGCAGACAUAUGGUGUCUGGGUAUUUUUGCAUCAGAUGUGGGCGUAAUAGCACAAGGGGAUGGUGACUGGAUCAAAGAAUUUAACAUUUCCAAGAAUAUGCCAGGGAAAUACAAGAAAGAGAUACUGAGUGGUUAUGAGUGCUAUAUAAAAUUCCUUGCAGGGGAGUUUAAAGUAAUUAUUAGCCCAGAGACCCCUUUGAUCCUGGCAGACUUUAUUCAUAAAUGUGUCAAUAGAGCAGAUGAAGAGAGGGCCUCAAUAAGCGAAAUAUUGAAACAUCCAUAUUUAUCUGCGAUUUGCAUAUCAGAUAUUCCAGAGGCAGGAGCAAAUAUUGAAACAUACUCAAUGUAG